AUGGAUAUACUGCUUGGGAGGUGUCGUCAUACAAAGGAUUCCGAGCAUGCCCCGGACACGGCCGCGUCAAACAACAAACGCUGGCGCAUUGCUCUGGCAUGCAACGCAUGCCGUCUGCGCAAGUCGAGAUGCGACGGACAGCGGCCCUCGUGCUCGUCCUGCCUGGGGCUUGACGUAGUCUGCCAGUUCGAGCCCACCGAGGGCGCUGCCAAUGUCCUGCAACGACUCGCUGCCAAUGAGCGUGUCGUGCAGUGCCUGGGCCAGACGCUCAGGCGCCAUCUGUCCGACUGCGCGCAGACAAGUCAUACCCAAGAGCCAGUCCAUCGUGAAAAUGACAUGGAAGAGCCGCGCAACGAAGAUGCAUCGCCCAAUGGCAUGGCCAUGACCUUCAUCGAGGAGCGCACCUCGGCCUUCUUUGGCGAAUCGUCCAACAUGAACUUGGCUCGCCUCCUCUUCCGCGCAGCCACAGCUGUCAGCCCACGUGCCUACGCCUUGCAAAACACAACAAGCAGAGACCAUACGCUCGCAGAGAUUCAUGUCGCCAGCCUUCCUGUUAGGGAGCCAUCUCCUCCCUCAGACGAGCUGGACAGCUGCAUCACCACUCUGCCAACCAUCCAAGUCAUGGAUGGCCUGCUUGAUGUAUACUUCAACACAUGCGGCGUCGUGUUCCCCUUCAUACACGAAGCAUCUAUGAGAGAAACAUAUGCCGAGUGUAAAUCGACUGGUUUUCGGCGCGCCCGCCGGACAUGGCUUGGCACGCUCAAUAUGAUGUUUGCAAUAGCAACCAAGUUCGACCAGGAAAAUGGCCAUGGCGCAUCGGCAUUCACGCGCCACAAUACAUCUGACUUGUUUUAUCAAAGAGCAGUCGGCCUUUGCGGUGCGCUCUCGACACGUGUCAUCAGCCUUGAAGUUGUUCAGUACCUCAUCUUGGUCGUCAUCUUCUGCAAUGGCACUCAGAGAUCGUCUCAGGCUUGGAAUACCCAUGGUCUUCUCGUGCGCUCAGCCAUCGCACUUGGACUGCAUAGUAAGAGGUGCAGGGAAAUCCUGGAACCGCUUACUGCAGAACUACGUCGUCGCACAUGGCUAGUCAUAUAUAGUCUGGACAAGCUGCUGAGUAUAGUAUUUGGUCGACCUGCGGCAGUCCCAGAUGACCUCAUGGCCACGCAGAAGCCGAACAUCCCCUUGUCGCCAACAUCACCAGAUGCUACAAAUGGUGACGGGGACCUGUCUGGCGACUUUUUAGCCGUAUCAUUCUGCCUGUAUCAAAUCAUGAGCAAGUCUCUUGCUAAACAGUACGGUGCUAACAUGGAAAACAACGACCUUGAGCCUGAUGAACUGGCCUCUUUGCAGGCUUCUGGUGAAUUUCGCAAGAUGCUCCGAUCUUGGACUGCCCAACUCCCGCCUUACCUGCAAAUCUGUGAGCCGGGCUCCCGAGUUCUCUUUGAGAAUGCACAGAUCAACCGAUUACGGGUCAUUUUGACUCUUAGAUACCACAAUGUCAGCAUACUCGUCCACGGGCACCUAUUUAGCACUGCGAUACGUAAUUUGUUUCGUCUUGACACGACAUCGGACCAGAUAUUGCCAUAUUUGAUGCAGCCUGUCAUGGCAGAAGCGCAAGAAUGCUUGCGAUUCGCAGAAAGCACAGUCGAUAUCGUGCAUUCCAUCCUGACCAUGGACCCAACGAGCAAAAACAAUCUUGGAGUGGGAUCUUUCACGUUGUGUUAUGUUUUUACGGCAGCCUUGGUGAUAAGUGGCCGUUUGCUGUGGGCUAAGCACGGGCAAACGCCAGCAGACGAACCUGCCCUGGCUUCAUCCCAAGCGUACCUCGAAAAAGCAGAGCAAGUCUUCUCAGUAUUGAAGAUCUAUGAUCCCCUCAGCCUGAGUUGUUCACGAUACAUCCGAAAUCUUUCCAACAUGUACUCACAAGUGCAUGAGCCUUCUGAAAUUUUGUCUUCAAACACACUUGCGCCGACAGAUUCCAUGCUGGACUCUAUGCAACUUGACGCCGAAGGUUUCGAGGCCUUCGCAAUCUUGACCUCAGAAAUCUUCGAUCCGGCGCUAUUCACCAAUUCUAGCCCCAAUCUUAAUGCACCACUUCCAGGAGACGGAACAUGA